CUUUCCACCCUUCCCCCCGCCCUUCGGGGAAACUGGAACCGCCUCCCGCUCGGCGGCUCCCGCCCAGCUAGCGGGUCCUCGGGGGAUGCCGGCUCUGCGCCGCGGUGCUCGGCGGGACGACGGCGGAAAGCGACCUCGGGGUUAAGGGGUGGGGCUUGCCGUCAGGAGCCAAGAUGGCGGCGGCGGCGGUCGGAGUCUCCUUGAGGCGCAGGUUCCCAGCCACAGCCCUCGGCGGAGCUUGCCUGCAGGCCUGCCGAGGGGCACAGACCGCAGCAACCACCGCUCCCCGAAUCAAGAAAUUUGCCAUCUACCGAUGGGACCCAGACAAGACGGGAGAUAAACCUCGUAUGCAGACUUACGAAAUUGAUUUGAAUAAAUGUGGUCCUAUGGUGUUGGAUGCUUUAAUCAAGAUUAAGAAUGAAAUCGAUUCUACCUUGACCUUCCGAAGAUCUUGCAGAGAAGGCAUCUGUGGCUCUUGUGCGAUGAACAUCAAUGGAGGCAACACUCUGGCUUGCACCCGCAGGAUCGACACCAACCUCAGCAGAGUCUCGAAAAUCUACCCUCUUCCGCAUAUGUAUGUGAUAAAGGAUCUUGUUCCCGACUUGAGCAACUUCUACGCUCAGUACAAGUCCAUCGAGCCCUACUUGAAGAAGAAGGACGAGUCACAGGAAGGCAAACAGCAGUAUCUGCAGUCCAUAGAGGACCGAGAGAAGCUGGACGGGCUGUACGAGUGUAUCCUGUGUGCCUGCUGCAGCACCAGCUGCCCCAGCUACUGGUGGAACGGAGACAAGUACCUGGGGCCUGCAGUCCUGAUGCAGGUGAGGCCCCCCCCGGCUGGCGGGCCCGCACACGUGAGCCCACCUAAUCUGGAGGCGGCCAGAGGUCCCCGCUGGUCUCCGGUCCUGUCGGCUCCCAUCUGUGACGCACAGGUGCUCGCAGGGAAGCGCACCCAGAAGCCCCCGAGGCGCCUGGCCAAGCUGCAGGACCCCUUCUCCCUGUACCGCUGCCACACCAUCAUGAACUGCACGAGGACCUGCCCCAAGGGGCUGAAUCCAGGCAAAGCUAUUGCUGAAAUCAAGAAAAUGAUGGCCACCUAUAAGGGGAAGAAGGCGACAGCGUAACUGUCCCCACGCUGACCACAGCUUAAGCAGCCCGGCUGGACGUACUUUAUAUCUGAUUUGAGUCCCUUCAGGGAUCUUGAUUUUCCAUGAAUACAGCAUGUGUAAUAAAGAUUUUAAGAAAUAAAUGUUA